UCUGCCUGCGCCAGUCGUACGGCGCCGCGGGGAGGCGAGAGGAGCCGAAGCAUCGCAGCCCGCCAACAACUCUGCUUCUCCGUGUGGGCGGCGCUGUCUGUCACGUGGCCCGCGUGACGUCAUCACCACUGCUAGAAGCAUGCCUUGGACGAUGAUCGCCCGCUGGUGCUAGGGAAUAUGGUCUCUCAACGCCAGUGCAACGGAUAUUUGUACAGUUACACAGAUGCUUCCAUUGUCACCAGAGUCACCGCUUGAUGCAAGAGAGACAAUGGAUUCAGUGCCAGAAGCAAUGAAUCUGGUGAAAUCUGGUAGGAACGGCGCCGGAUCCCCUGCUAAUGACACCCUGCGUGGUUCCACAGCAGUGGAGGGCAACGGAGAACUGUCUGUGACAGUUGUAACGCGUUCGAGAGAAGACGUUCAAGUCACAGAGGGGUUCAAGCAGAGCUCGAUCACACACGUUGCAGUAACUGCCACUAGUACUAAUGGCCAGACUAAUCGACAGGGGAUUAAGAGAUAUCUCUUCCGCGAGCCUCCACAGUUACAACCGCAGUCAGGCGCCGAAAGGAGAGUUUCUCAGGGUGAGAUUGUCGGGACUGAAGACCAGGUUUCUCAGAAGACAGCCGCAGAUGGUGGGAAACUUAGGGCAAUGGAGAAUGGCCGAUGGAUGGAGAUGUCUGCUGCUCGUCCCGACGGAACUGACGUCCGAGUGUCGGCCACGAACAUGACCCGGGACACCAACAGUGACGACGAAUACAUCGAUGUCGAAACUUUCGACCCAGUCGAGGAUCGACGCCAAUGGCUGCUGGAGCAGAGUAGGAGGCUGGUCGCAUCCAACCGGGUCCAGUACGAAGACAUCACUCCACAUCCUGAAAUACCCUCUUCUGCUGAACAGAUCAGUAGAGACACCACUGAAGCAGGAGGAGAGCACACUGCUAUAGAUGAUGACCGCGUCCCUUCGCUGGACAGUGGCUGUUAUUCUGAUGAGGAAGUCAGAGUCAGGAUGAGGGUAUCCAGUUCUGACUGGAGCGACUCAGUUGGCGAAGCACACAGGAAUAAAGAGAGUGGAACAGGAAAGCUUUCUUCUUCCAGUGUGACACCUGAGGAUGCUGACAAAUCUCACAGGCAUAGCUACCGAGGGGUGUAUUCUGUGAAUGACGACAAGAUGGCAUUUUCACCUCCAGAGCCGACUAGUAGCUCAGACCGGCCAGCACCUAAUCACGAACUUCGGCAAGUAGCGACUUUGAAACACAAUGGAAACUCCACAAUACAUUCUCCCAUCCACGUCCCGUACGUCAAGUCGUGUGGUGGAUACACACUAUAUAUUCCUGGAAAAGUCCUGCCGCCUGAGAAGGAUAUUUCUGUAUCCAGCAAUGGCAACGUGAGAGUUUCUGACACACUAAGUGGCCCAGUAAGUCGCAACAGUACCGAAGUGGUGUACACAAUGGAUACUUCUGCAGUGAGGAUGUCUACCAGCACAUCAUCAGCAAUUGACUCACAUGUACUCCUUGACAACGUGAAAUAUGCUGCGGCAGUAGUUCAGCGCAAAAGCGUAGUGGUAUCGACAGGUGAUGAUAGUACUCCACAACGAGAGCUCAACAGGUGUACUCCAGAAGAAGCUAGAGGGCAUGAUGAAAUUCUAAGAACGAAAUCUGUUGACAGGGCUAAUGUACAGUUGUUACCUAACAACAGAGAUGAGGCGCCGAAUCGAUAUUUACAACAAUUUAGCAGUUACAAUCCAAAUCGUGCAGUAAUUAUUCCAAUUCCGAGUGAAAAAUCAGCUUUCGUAAACACUUCACAUAGUAGCGUGCACAGUGGAUUAAAAGCUGUGGUCGCCCCGGGAAGGUAUCUUCGUGUGGAAGGAAGUGUGUCUGAGACUAGAAAUUCCAGGGACAGGAAUGCUGUGGACUUUGAAAAAAUGGCACCACCCCUGGAGACAGUGCACAGAUAUAUUCCCAGUGGAACAUUUAUUCCUCGCGGUUACAUUACUCCCCCACCUAGAAUGGUAGUGAAGAACCCAGUAAGUAGUCGAGCUGAUUUUAACGCAGCAGUGAUAGGAGGUACAACACACCCAAAUGGCGUCAACAGCAGCAAUGCGCGCCGUAGAUCUGAUGCCAGAAUGACACCUGAUAAUUCAAGAGAUAGCGAGUAUGCAUACCACCACAGCAAACCCAUAAGGGUUGUUUACACCCCAAUAAGUGACAUAGCUGACGACGAACCUCCAAGAAAAGUGUCCAGGUUUUCUUACGGCAACGAAAGGCUGUUAUCAAUUGCCGAAAUCGAGCACGAAUCUCAAACUGCUGUGCGACAUGCUCGCUAUCUGACGACAGAAGCCAUGACUGUCGGAGCGCAAUCGCGAGAUGCUGAACUAAGAUCGAUUAAUCAUUGGCCAGUCGCAUAUGGUUCUCAUAUCCUGAAGACUUACCUAAGAGGGCAGGAUGCGCUCGGCCAGGAAUCGGUGCACCGCUCUAAUAGUCCCGCAUCUAGAGAUGCAGUACCCGAUUCGGAAACCAGCUCUGUCAGGCAGUGGCGCAUGAGAUUUGGGGAUCGCCUACGUGCAGAAGAGGAAUUUAAUCCAGUUGACAGGAAGGAACGGAUUUCAAGACCAGAAAUUGAGAGCGUCACUUACGAAGGUAGUUGUAGGAAGCCAUUGAACGACUAUAAUUCUAAGGGCGAUGUGAAUGGCACGCUCGACCUAAGUAAGAAAGAUCUAGUCCAACAGAGGGACGGGGCUGUGUCUGCGAAGGAAGCGGUCCAUUUUGAACGUGGGGAGUCACGAUACGUUAGUUCUGACGAGCGUUGUUCGCCAACUGAACGGAACCCAAAAUCACACAGGGACCCGGUGGUGACUCCCGCCAGUGUGAUAGUGACAAGUGGGGCGGGAGGCAGUGGAAAAGGAGUCCACUCUGGUGGAGAGCACUCGAGACAAGUCGUCAGGACAGUUAUAGUUUCAGCUGACAGUCGGAAGGUCGGUAGUGGGCAGAAGUCGUCGCCACUCCAGCCCGAGGUGGAAACUGAGCGGUUUAGAGAAGUGAGGUCCGAGGGUCGCACCGCGGAACCUUCUACGGUGUUGGCUCCAGAACCGGGUGGACAGAGGAGUAGGUACAUGAUAACGAGAGAGGGAGACGGAAACAGGUUCGUAAUCCGUGAGGUCGGAAGUGAUGUGAGGACAGCAGCAGGACAGCUGAUUGCGAUUAAGGAAAGGAUAGAGAGUGAAUUGGGUGGAAGUCCAACUGGUGCGGUGCAGGGGAGGCGCGUGCUGAAAGAUGUGAACAGGGGUGAGGUGGGUGCCGUCCGUUCCUCAAAGAGUCCGCCAGACGACCGGCACCGCCCUCCAGCCUCGGUCAUCAGGACGGCACCCCGCGCACCGUCUCGGGAGAGUCGACCGGAGCAGCAGAGACCGACCGAGGGAGACCUGUCGGACGACGAGGUGGUGGAACUGUACCGCGUGCGACGGGUCCUCCCCGGCGGGAUGCCGCACUUCGAGCCCACGGCCGGCGAGUGCGCGUGGGCGGACGCCGAGUGGGCGUCCGGCGGGGGCAGGGUCGAGGACGAGUCGGUGUACGGCCCGUCGGACAGCGACGAGGACCGCGCGCUGCGGCUGCGGGUGUCGGUGAUCCUGUGGGCGCUGCUGGGCGGCGAGCGGCUGCGCGCCGUGGGCUGGCCGCGGCAGGCGGCGCGGCGCGUGCUGUGGCGCACCGUCGACGUGUGCUGCGCCGUGGCCGGCGCCAAGAGCCCGGCCGCCGUGCCGCUGCCCGCCGACCACGACUGCGGCGCCGACAUGGCCUGCUUCCGCGACCACGCGCACCGCUUCCUCGAGGUGUGCGCGCCGACGCGCGACCACUGGAAGCGCUACGGCUGGGCCUCGCUCACCAUCGACGCCGUCGUCGCCAAGGUCUACAGGGAAGACAUCGCGCCGUGGUUGCGGACGCUGCCGGACGAGGUGGUCCCUGCAGCGGUACGCAGCUGCGUGCGGCAGCUGCAGGCGAUGCGCGCCACCGACUCGCCGCCGCAGGCCACGCCCCCUCCGGCGCUGCCGACGCCGCCUCGCGACGCCACCCCCGCCGCCUCCGCCACCCCCACAGCGGCCGGCCAGUUGCAGAGCCCGACGCUGGGUCUGUCCCCGGCCGUCGCCGCAGCGUCUGAGGCGACGCAGGACGCCAGGAAGAAGCGGGGCCGCCCGGCCAAGCCUGCCUCCAAGGCCGAUGCAGCAGGCCGCGUGGAGCGGGUCAUGCUGUGGCGCUUCCUGCUCAACCUGCUGGAGGACCCGCGCAACGAACCGUGCAUCCACUGGGUGAACCGCGACCAAGGCAUCUUCCGCAUCCUCAACACCGACUGGCUGGCCAGGCUGUGGGGCCGCCGGCACGGCAACCCGCGCAUGACCUACGAGAAGAUGGCCCGGGCCAUGAGGACGUACUACAGAUCCAAGGUGCUCCAGCCAGUCCCAAGGUCUCCCAACCUGCCACGGAAGCUCGUCUACAAGUUCAACCCAGCCGUCGUCCAGAGGGUUGCCGCGGCAAACAAGCUAGCCCAGCAGCAGCAACAGCAGCAGCAGCAUCACCAGCAGCGGCUCCGACAACCCAAGCACGCCCUGCAGUACGAGGCUGACCAGGCACGCAAGAUGGGCCCCGACCCUCAAACCCCACCCCAACCGCAGGCGAAGGACCGCAGCCAGCAGGUGAUGCUGCUCGGCCACCAGCAGCUCAGGCAGCUGCCCCAGCAUGAGCACUACUACCUCAGCCAGAGGGGUCAGCACCACAAGCUGCAGCUGCACCAGGCUGGCGACUUUCUGAAGCCUCUGGAGAACGGUAGGCAUUGGGAACCUCAUCACCACGAGCAGGUGCUUCACCAGCCUGAAGACCAUCGGCUCUCACCCGAAGAUGGCAAUAAGGAAUUGUUACAACUGCGCCUGCACCAAUACCACCAACAUCAGUUACAGCUCUAUCAGAUGCGUCAUCUCAACGAUGAACAAAAACCGCUGCUGCGUGAAGUCCACAACACUGUACAUAAAGAAACCCAUCAACUGCCGCAUCACCAUCAACAGUGGACUCAUCAGAUACACAAAAAUACAGAUCAGCACAGUCCUCAGUCACACGGUGAUAGUCAGCACUUGGAGGAUCACAAGCAGGAUCACCAACAGCACCUACGAGCAUCUGAAGGAAACAGUCAUCAUCAACCGGCCAGGUCGCUUUCUGAUGAUCAACACAGUCACUCACCCAAAGAACUGCAUAACCUUCAAGUGAUGCAGCGAGUAUCCGCCAGUCCUGACGAUCGCCUAAACCCCACAAUCAAGGACAACCUUCGCCAAAAGGGAGAGCAGCUCCAACUGGAACAAGCUCGUACUCAACGUGAAGAUUCUCGCAGUUCCCCUGCGGAGCACGACCUUAAUGACAUUCAGCGACAGCAGGUGCCAAACGAAAGAGAGUCUUCAUCACCUGACGUUCAACAAACCUGACCAUCAGUGAUCAAAAUCCUGACAGUGACUAUUGUGUACACGACUCAGUCUUCGGAAAAAGCAGAAACGGACAAUAAGUUUCGAUUCAUACUGUUCUAAUGUUUAUUUUCUGAGUACAAUAAAUACGUUGUGGAGUAUGUAGAUGAUCUCAGAUUUCUAGUUUCAGUGACAAUUCAGCUGACUGAGCUAUAGUGGGUGAUCACGACAACCUCCAUUCGAAGGACUAAUCUAAAUGAUUCUGAACGUUUGAGUGAAAUAAAGAUAGUUCCUAAGCCAAAGAACUUGUAGUCAGUCUGUACUUAAGACCUAAGUUUACUGCCAAUUUCUUAUUAAUAUAUUUUAACUAU